AUGGCAUCUCGCGGGGCUCGUGUAGGGAGGGCAUCGCGUAAUGUACCCAGAAAAGGAGGAGCCUCAUCGACCCUCAGCCCGGGACUAUCGGCCGAGCUAGCCGCCUUGCCCAAGGCCAAAUCAGGAUCAUUACGGCGCUUUGCCGAGUACUUGGCUGAAUCAAAGGACGAUCGAGCUGAGAAUAUCGAAGGGAUAGUGAACCGGUUGAAGAGUAUGGAGAGAGGCGAGCUGAGGCUAUGGGAUGCACUGGCAAUAGCACAGAGCAUUGCUAAGUUGAAGACCUCCCCACAGGACCAAAGGUGCUAUAAGCAUGAAAAUAAGACUGCGGAAUUCAGUACCAGGUUCGAUCUGCUAUUCCUUAACGUAGCUGACCAUCUGCAUGCUCUCGGCACUUCGACUGGUCUUCAGCAAAUGAGCCCUCGUACGUUGAUCGACACUCUCUGUCUUUUCGAAGUGCUCAACAUACGCCCUAAAGCCCUCUAUGUAGACGUCAUGCAUCAGCUAGUCAGACAGGUCACUGCCAUGUAUCCUGACGAGCUCACUGCCCUCCUAGUUACCAUGGCCCGCAUAGGUCUAUCAUCACCAGCUAUGUUGGAUAGAAUAGCAGCAGCGAUACAACAUUCGCAACUUCAGAACAUUCGAUACCUCCACGGUUGCGAACUGGCCGGAGCUAUGGCUGCUCUUGGGUAUGACGAUUCGGGCUUUUUCACUGCAUUAGACAAUCGUAUGAAAAUGUGUGCUGAGAUGAUGCCUGUCGAAGAAGUAUGGGAUACACUCAAGUAUCUGCCCUCACUACAGUAUUCUUGGAAACCCUACGAGCGAGCAAUAUGGGAAGAACUCACUAGAAGGACUAACAAGUUUUAUAAUGAGUUACACGUUGACGAGAUGUCCGAUCCAGUCGGAUUUAUGCAGUUCCUCCGUCUACACAAACGCCUCGAUAAGCGGUUCAUGAGCGCCAUGGCCGCCUGGGCUCGCGUAGCUGUGUAUCGUCCCACGUCCAGGACGUCAAGACGGCCCACAGCACGUGAGCUGGCUCUCAUUGUUGACUACUGUCAAGAGUAUGGUGUUGGCACCGAUGAUACGGACAAUAAACAUGUUCUUCAUAAGGCAGUGCGCACCUUUGUGGGCAGUAGAGGUGAGGAUGGAAGUGGCAUCUUUUGA